AUGUCCGACCAAGAAGAAGUUGUCGGAAACUCCGGGUAUUCGACUCCUGUGCCUGAGCUCGAUGACCACCGGAACCAGUCAGCUUCGGUUCAGCGCCCCGACCGAGCUCGCCGGGGCACGUUUGACUCCCUGUACGGGGCAUGUCAAAUGACUUCCGGGGCUGCUUCUGGCGAGCCGCGUGUGCGCGACUUCGAGGAAGCCGUUGUCGACGACGAUGUCCCCGAGCCAUCGCCAGCGAUGCGGCGCACCCGCCGUCCGACUAUCGAUUCUAUGUCGGAUCGGUCAGUCUCUCCACCGAACUCGGUCAAGGCUUUCGCCGAAGCCCGGCGCAGAGAGCGGGGCUUUUCUCUUUCGGAGCCGAAACCAGAGCGCAAGCCCGACGAGCUAGAGCUGCAGCGCACUGCGUCAGUAGCGAGCCGGCCUAGUUUCCGCAGCAGGCAACACACGGUAAUGACCGACGAUGCUGCAAGCCUUGCCACGAACAAGUCAGCAGAAGAGGAUGUCUGUUUCCCCCUGCAGGACGAGCAGAGGGGCGACAAUUUGUACAUCGACUUUGAUUACCUCGAGAACUUCAUCAAGGCCGAGAGCGAGGCCCGUGCGUCCGGCCGUCGUCCUUCGGCCAUCCGCGUGUUCCCUGACUUGCGACCGCAAUCCGAUGACGCCGCGACUUCGGCUCCGGCUCCGAUGGUGACUGUCGAUGGUGACAUUCUGAGCAUGCCCUACGACGCUGAGAGUCAGCUUGAGAAGGGGGAGGAGGAUGUGGAGCAAGCCAAAGCAGUGCAGCAGCCGCCACCGCAGCUGGAUCAAAGCCGGGUGAGCUUUUUCUCAUCGGCCUGGGAGUCCACGAUCCACGCGGCCGACCUGGAGGGCCUGAUCCUUCCGGGAGAGGACAUUCGCGGGCUAUUCAGCUUCCCCAAGGGUGAGACGGACGGCGUCUGGUGGUUGAACAUGAACAAGCCAUCGGAGGAGGAAGUUCGCGCCGUGUGCCGGGCCUUUGGAAUCCACCCCCUGACGGUCGAAGACAUUACAACCCAGGAAUCCCGCGAGAAGAUUGAGCUUUUCCCCUCCUACUAUUUUGCUUGCUUUCGGUCCUUCUACAUCGAAGUGGACGAGGAGACUAAGGAGAAGGAAUUUGUGCCCUUCAACAUUUACGUGGUUGUCUUCCGUGAAGGCACACUGAGCUUCAGCUACGCCAACAAUUCGCACGCCUCACAUGUGAGGAAGAGAAUUACCAUGUUGAAGGAUUACGUCGCUCUCAGCAGCGAUUGGAUUUGCUAUGCCUUAAUUGAUGACAUUGUCGAUUCGUUUGCCCCCGUCAUUAGCAAGCUGGAAAGCGACACGGAUCAGAUCGAGGAUGAAGUCUUCAUUGCUCGGACCGACGACAUGGCCCAGUUUCUGCGCAAGAUUGGCACUGCGCGCAAAAAUACCAUGGCCUUGAUGCGGUUGCUGGGCGGCAAGGCCGAUGUCCUGAGAGGUUUCACCAAGCGGUGUAACGAAAACUACAAGGUGACGCCGCGCAUGGACAUUGGUCUGUAUCUGGGUGACAUCCAGGAUCACGUUGUCACCAUGAUGAACAAUCUGGGGCACUUUGAGAAGAUGCUCUCCCGCGCUCAUAGCAACUACCUGGCUCAGAUCUCGAUUGACGGCAUCGCCCAGGGUACCAACACUAACCGGGUUCUGAGCAAGAUUACGCUGCUGGCGUCCAUCAUUGUACCGCUCAAUGUGGUGACGGGCCUGUUUGGGAUGAAUGUUUACGUUCCGUGGAGAGAUAUUGACAGCCUCGCGCCGUUCUUUGGCAUUCUGAGCGGCCUUAUUGGAUUUUGCGUUAUUGCCCUGAUCCUGGCCUGGAAAUACCGUUGCGAUUUCUCAGUCGACCAAUUCGACCUCGAAAAGCUCAACGAGAAGGACAGAGCCGAGCUGUCUCAGUUCUUUGCCAACGAGACCCAGCGCUCCAAGAUUCAAUCGCAGACCCACCACCUCACCGGCUUGUGCUGGAAAAAGUGCGUCACGGGCAGCAUCCGGAGCAACGCGCUCGACAAGGGCGAGGAGGCCUGCCUGGCCAACUGCGUUGAGCGGUUCAUGGACACCAACUUUGCAAUCAUGAGGCACCUGGCUAGUAUGAGGCAGCAGCAGUAG